AUGGUGAUUUUUCGGAGUUCUUUGCUAAGUAAUACAAAAUCGUUAAUUAUGGAUUAUAGGAAUAUGCAUUUUUUGAGAAAGAACGCGUAUAUUAACGGCCAAUGGGUUAAUGCUCAGAGCAACGCCGUAUUUCCAGUGUUGAAUCCGGCUGAUGAUAAGGUAAUUGCUGAGAUACCUGAUAUGGAUGCUGCGGAUGCAAAGACAGCUAUCGCCGCUGCUACUGAGAGCUUUCGUACGUGGAAGUAUACAACAGCUAAAGACAGAGCGGCUAUGUUAAGGAGAUGGUAUGAUCUAUGUGUUAAAAACCAGGAUCAUCUUGCUGAAAUUAUAACCGCGGAGGCCGGUAAACCCUUGGCUGAAGCUAAAGGUGAAAUUGUUUACGGAAGUUCGUUUUUGGAGUUCUUUGCUGAUACUGCACGACAUAUCAACGGUGAAGUGAUUCCGAGCCCUUGGCCAAACAAGCAGAUAAUGUUGACGAGGCAGCCGUUAGGGGUAGUGUCUGUUAUUACCCCGUGGAAUUUUCCAUUUGCUAUGAUCACUCGAAAAGUCGGAGCUUUAUUGGCGGCAGGCUGCACUUGUGUCAUAAAACCUGCUGAAGACACUCCGCUGACUGCUUUAGCAGCAGCUCAAUUAGCAGAAGAGGCAGGGUUUCCUAAAGGUAUAAUUAAUGUUGUAACAGCAAGCAGAAAAAAUGCCCCCGCAGUUGGUAAAGUUUUAUGUGAAGAUCCUGACGUUGGUUGUAUUUCAUUUACUGGUUCCACUCAUGUUGGAAAGAUUCUUUAUGGAAUGGCAGCAAAAGGUGUAAAACGAGUCUCUCUAGAACUAGGCGGUAAUUGCCCAUUUAUAGUUUUCCCAAGUGCAGAUAUCAAUCAUGCAGUUGAACAAGCCAUGAUGGCAAAAUUCAGGAACAACGGGCAAGCAUGUGUCGGAGCCAAUAGAUUUUUAAUUCAUGCUGAUGUUUUCGAUGCAUUUGUUGAAGCAUUUAAAAAUAAGAUUAUCGAAAAAUGUAUUAUCGGCCCGGGAUAUAAAGCUGGGGUAACUUGCGGGCCGUUAAUAAAUAUUGAGCAAGCUACAAAAGUGAAGAGUUUAGUUGAAGAUGCUCGUGGAAGAGGUGCGAAGGUCGUGAUAGGUGGAAAACCUGCUCUAGAACACGGAACCAAAUUUUAUGAAUCUACAAUACUGACAGACGUUAAGCCUGAAAUGAAAAUAUAUGGCGAGGAAAUAUUCGGGCCGGUUGCCGUUUGUCAUAAAUUUAAUACAGAAGAGGAAGUUUUAGAGAUUGCGAAUAGUACUAGAACAGGGCUCGGAUCUUAUGUUUUCACAAAGGAUCUCGGCCAGGCAUUUAGGAUGUCUCAGAAGUUGGAAUUUGGCAUGGUGGCCAUUAAUGAUGGUGUAUUAUCAGCGGCAGAGCCGGCAUUUGGUGGCAUUAAGGAGUCGGGAAUCGGUAGAGAAGGCAGCAAACAUGGUGUCGAAGAAUAUACAGAUAUCAAAUAUACUCUGUUUUCAGCUUUAGACAAAUGA